UAUCUUUACACAAUUUACCAAAAACUACAAUAUUUAAUAAUCGUUUCAAUAAAAAACAAACCCUUUUACAUAUAAAUUCCCUUUUAGGGCUAUUAAAGCAAAAACAAAAUAUAAAUUACCGUUUAUUAGAAUAUUUUCCCAUUUUAGAGGAUUCCGCAUUUUGUAUUGGGAAUCACUGUGAUGUGGUUUUACUGUACGAGGUUCAAGGGGAUCGGUAAUCGGUAAAAAGGAGAUCUAUAAGAGGCUGAAUCGAACCUAAUAUUUUUAAAUACGUCUCAGUCGAAUUGUCUUUAAGCUUUAUUAUUUUAAUCCGCUGCUAUAACCGCGGGAUCAUUUGAUAAUUCAAUUAAUUUAAUUAAGAGGGACACUAUUUUCCAUUGCACGCCUCGUUUUCGGUAUUGUCGCUUUUUGAAAUACAGCUGCAAACAGAUAUUUUUCUCUUAUAUAAUUGAAUUACUAUUAUUACUUAAUUAAAUUACCCACGGAGCAACGUUUUUCUUUCGCUCUGUUCACUGAGAAAUCAAUGCACAUCGACUGAAUUUGGAAUAUGAGAUGGCCAGGCUUGUAGCGAAUUUAAUUAUAUAUUUAUGUCUGCUGUGUAGUAUUAUCAAAGCUAAUGAGAGUGGCGAUAGCAAUGUUCAGGAUUCAGCGGCUAAGGUGGUUUAUAAGACACCCGAAAUUUCUGGAUUCGCAUAUUUAGUAGAGACCUUUGACAAUGAGGAAAAGUUUAAGAAAUCUUGGAUCUUGUCAGAAGCCAAGAAAGACUCUGUUGAUGAAGAUAUAGCGAAAUAUGAUGGAAUUUGGUCCAUAGAAGAACCUAAAGAGCAUGCACAAGAGGGAGAUCUGGGGCUAGUCCUUAAGAGUAAAGCUAGACAUGCUGCUAUAUCCACUACAUUAUCCAAACCAUUUUACUUCGGUGAUAAUCCAUUAAUUGUACAAUACGAAGUGAAUUUUCAAGAAGGCCAAGAAUGUAGUGGGGCUUAUUUGAAAUUGCUUACUCUGGAUGCAGAGCAUCAAGAUUUAAAGAAAUUCCAUGAUAAAACUCCCUAUACUAUAAUGUUUGGUCCUGAUAAAUGUGGAAACAAUCACAAGCUGCAUUUUAUCUUUCGACACAAAAACCCUCUCAAUGGUUCGAUAGAAGAGAAACACUGUAAGAAACCUAGAGAACGCUUGGAAGAUUUUUUCAAAGACAAGCGGUCUCACCUAUAUACUUUGAUCAUUCGACCAGAUAAUAGUUUUGAAAUCAAAGUCGAUAAUAAGGUAGUAAAUUCUGGAUCUUUGCUGGAUGAUUUCACUCCACCAGUCAAUCCACCUUUGGAAAUAGAAGAUCCUACUGAUGUUCAGCCAGAAGAUUGGGAUGACAAGGAAAAGAUCCCUGAUCUAUCAGCUGUUAAACCAGACGAUUGGGACGAAGAUGCUCCAGCACAAAUCGUCGAUGAAGACGACGUCAUGCCUGAAGGAUGGCUCGAAGACGAAUCACCUAUGAUUCCCAAUCCUGACUCUGUAAAACCUGAAGAUUGGGACAUUGAAAUGGAUGGAGAAUGGGAACCUCCAGAAAUUCCAAAUCCAAAGUGUGCAGAUGCACCAGGAUGUGGAGCAUAUAAGCAAAAGAUGAAAAAGAAUCCUCGAUACAAGGGCAAAUGGUCACCGCCCUUGAUUAACAAUCCUAAUUAUAAAGGCAAAUGGAAGCCAAAACUAAUUCAUAAUCCUAAUUACUUCAAUGACCAACAUCCAUUCCGGAUGAUGCCUAUUUUUGCUGUGGGCUUUGAACUUUGGUCGAUGUCCACAGACAUUCUCUUCGAUAAUAUUCUUGUUGCUGAUGAUGAAGAAGUAGCAAGAAAAUGGGCGGAAGAUACAUUCGAAGUACGUCGGGCUAGAAUCGAGGAGGAGAAUGUAACUUUAUGGGGUCGCAUAUUAAAAGUAACAAAUUAUAAACCAGGCUGGUGGGUGUUGUAUUUUAUAUACUGUGCAGUACCAGUUGUGUUAUACAUUUGGUAUCUUCUGAAACAAGUUCGUGAGAAUAAAUAUGAUGUAAAAGAUGAAGAUAAACAACCUUUAGAAGCAAAUGAACAAACAGCACAGAAGCAAGAAGAAACAGAAAAUCAGCUACCUAAUACCGAAGCAGAGGAAGAAACUGAAAAGUUAAACGAAAAUGAAGAAAUAAUAGAAAGUGAAGAUAAUGAUAAUCCAGCAAUAGGUGGUGAUGGACCACGACGAAGAAAACCAAACAAAGACUAGAAUGAAUUAAGAUUAUAUGAAAGGAAUUCGUACUACUAAGGUAUUUAUGCAACACUCACAUUCCACUUGACACUUGCAUUGUAAACGUUAGAAUUUUUCUCAGUAUCUAAUUAUAUAUUAUAAAAUGUCACUAGAAGCCAGAUUUUUAUCUAAAAAUUAGAUAUUUUGUUCUCAUGUGUAAUUUUUCAUUAAGUCAUACUUUUUAAGCAAAAUAAUUUUCACAUUGAAGCAUGUUUCUCACGCGUAUGAGUGAUACAAGUACUUCAAAAAAAAAAAAAAAAAAAAAAAAAAAAAAAAAAAAAAAGAAGAAACAACAGUUUUGUAAGAAUGAUGUUUGGUGUAAUUAUUUAUGUCUUAAUACUAUGUAGCAAUUUAAUUUUUGUUAUUGUAUAUUAAGAAAAAAAGACGAAUAAUAGAAUAGAUUUAUUCACAGUUUCUGUAUAACAGAGCGGAUGAUGUGUCUUUUUUAGAAAGUUCGUCGCUUGUGCCCAAUAAUGUUUUACACACAAUCCAUAUAGAAUUUGUUAUUUAAUAUUACCAGUUAAUGUUUUUCAUAGGCAUGUAUUAUAUUAUUCAAUGUAACGAUUUUUCUUAAAUAAUGUUUCAUUCCUUUGCUAUUAUGUUAAUAAAGUAUGCAAUGUGACUGAAAUAAUUUUAUGUAUCAUAUUAUGUUGUAUUAUUUAUAAGUGAUAAGUCUGAAAUUGUUUAAAAAUAAUCAAACAAGUAGAUUCCGAAAAUCCUUUUCCUCCAUGUUCACAACACACACAACAAAGUAAAUUUCUAUUUAAAUUUAUGAAAAAAUCAACACUUUUUAAAAUAAUUCAACUAAAUUAUGUUAUUAUCUUUUUCAUUAAGAAAGUAAAAUUAAAAAGAAGAUUACAUUGAUAUAAUAUAUUAUAUAAUAUUUACAUUGAUAUAAGCAAAUGUAAAAUAGUUAAAUUUUAUUUUUGAGAGACUCCGUUUCUAAUCUUAAAAACAAAACAUUGCGUUUUGUCAUCUGCAUAUUUUAUAAUAGAAGUAUAAAAAAACAGUCUUAUUUAAAAAAGUAUGAUUGUGUACUAUUAGAAGAAUAGUUAUUAUAAUACAAUUUGCGGUGGAUCGUUAAAAUAAAAUUGUUUUUAUUCGUAA